GCCGCUCCUCCUCCGAGGCGCUGUGGAAGAAAGGAUCACACUCGAGAGGUUGGCGAACGUCAAGCAUCAGUGUUUGUAUUUAAAAAAAACAGAGGAAAGGAAAAGCGUGGCGGUGCCAGCCGAGCUUUGUGCGCAACUGGGUUUGUAGGCGCUGCGUAAAAUUGCGUCGCGUCGCUGUGCGCGCUCAGGAGCGACGUAAAGAAAUCAGAUUUCAUCUGGGCUACUUGUGUUGACACAGGAGCCACAUCCACAGCCACGUUUUAGCAAAGCGAGCCUGGGAAGGUACAGUACAGGGUUGUUCAGCGUUUGACUCCCUGCCCAUGCAAAUAGUGGAGGAGCGGAGCCGGGGCGCAGACUACAAACCUUGCAAGGGAAAGUGUCCAUCGCAGAGGGUUCGGGUGGAUUUGGAUAACAUGGAGAGCUGCAGCUGAUCGGGACGAGCACAUGUUGUGCGUCGUGUUGUGUGAACUUUCACUGUGGACGCGGACAUGGGAACUGUUGCAAACUAACCCCAACUGCGCCUGGCUGUGAUCUCAGGGAAUGGUCCAUCUGUGUCCUCUUUUCAAACCAUAGUCUUUUAGUGCCACGAAGCCUUCCACGACCAACAUGGAGGGUCCGGGUGAGAAGGAGAGCAGUCCUCCCAAGUCGGACAGGAGGUUCACGCUGACUUACAUCGGCUGGUCCUCGCUGGACAGGCGCACCACCCUGCCCAUGCUGCCGUGGCUGGUGGCCGAGAUCCGGCGGCGGGGCGAGAGGGGCGACUGCGGCCCCGUGGUGCAGCCCAGAGAGGUCCAGCUGGUCCUCAACCCCCCCCUAGUACGCUGCGUCCCCUCCAGCAGCAACAACUCCUCGGUGUUCAUCUUCGAGCACAAAGCGCAGCUCAUCUCUCGCUUCAUCCACAACAGCAACGACCUCACCUACUUCGCCUACCUGCUGCGGGGCCAGCCGGACAACCCGGAGUCCGACAUGUCCUGUCACGUCUUCAAGGCCGGCGACCCCAACCAGGUCCCUGAGGUGAUCAGCAGCAUUCGCCAGGUGUCCAAAUCUGCCCUGAAGGACGGUGCCAAGCCCAAACAGGAAGCAGAGGAGGCUUUUUACAACUCCCAGAAGUUUGAAGUGCUUUAUUGUGGCAAGGUGACCAUUGGGCACAAAAAGGCUCCGUCCACCCUCAUCGACGACUGCAUCGAUAAGUUUCGUCAGCACGAGGUCGAGCGCAAGCGGCUGCGGCUGCUCAACGGCCAGCGAGGGUCCACGGAGAGCGCCCCCCCCGUGGAGUUCCUCAUGGGGGGCGAUGUAGACCCGCUCUCCUCUGCUCUGAACGAGAGUACAGAAGACACCGAAGUUCCUGGAGAGGAGGAUGUGACCGGAGGUAAAGGCCUCUCCAGCAGCACCAGUCAGAGCAGCCUGCGAGGAGCGUUCCCCGAGUGCAUCCUGGAGGACUCCGGCUUCGAGGAGCCUCAGGAGUUCCGGACGCGCUGCAGCAGCCUGGCCGGGGGUCUGCAGCGGAAGCCGGGGGAAGGCGUCAUCCUGGGCCCCACACGCCGCCGACACGCCAGCGAACCAAACACCGUUCAGCCGUCUGACGCGGACAAGAACCGCACCAUGCUCUUCCAGGUGGGGCGUUUUGAAGUGAACCUCAUAAGUCCAGACAGCAAGACAGUGGUGCUGGAGAAGAACUUCAAAGACAUCUCAUCCUGCUGUCAGGGUAUCAAACAGACCGACCAUUUUGGAUUGGUUGGCAGGGACCAGUCGGAGUCUGGGCCCCGUCAGUAUGUGUGCUACGUUUUCCAGUGCGCCAGUGAGUCCCUGGUGGACGAGGUGAUGCUGACCCUGAAGCAGGCCUUCACUACUGCAGCAGCCCUGCAGAGCGACAAAACCCCGAUCCAGCUCUGUGAAGCCUGCCCCAUGCACGACUUGCACAAGCUCUGCGAGCGGAUUGAAGGUCUCUACCCACCCAGAGCAAAGCUAGCCAUCCAAAAAUAUUUGUCCGAGCUGACAGACAAAGAGCAGGUUGAGGUCUUUGAGCGAGUUCAGAAACUGAAGCCCGUGUCAGACCAAGAGGAGAAUGAGCUGGUGAUUCUCCACCUGAGACAGAUCUGUGGAACCAAACAAAAGACCCACCUCCACAUCGGAGAAGCCCCUCAGAAUGCAGCGAACAGCGCAGCGGCAGGCGACGGUGCAGCCUCCAGCAGUCGCUUCAAACUUGACAUUCUUAAGAACAAAGCACGCACCUCCCUCACCAGCUCUCUAGAGAAUAUCUUUGCCCGGGGUGCCAGCCGAAUGCGAGGCCGCCUGGGGAGCAUAGGAAGCAUCGGCAGCUUCGACAGACAGGAUGAGGAGUCUCCUGGUCACUCCCCUCCAGGUUCCCCCCCUGCCUUCCCCGACGAGGACCCGGAAGGCGGCCCGCAGUUCCGCCGGCGCGCCCACACCUUCAGCCAUCCACCUGUGAAGAAACGCAUCUCCUUCGAGGGGCAGCCGGCCUGUCAGAGCAAACAGGCGCCGCUCCGCAGGCAGAACUCCGUCGCCCCGGAGCUGCUGCAGAGCAGGCCCGUGGCCGCCUCGAGAACUCGCAGCGUUUCGGAGAGCGAGUCCUCGGACUCCUUCGGCCUCCCCUCCUCCUUCUCCGCUCCCACUUUCCUGAAAAGCUUUUACCAGGGCUCGCUGGGCUCCCUGAGCUCCCUGGCAGACAGUGGGAGCCUCAAGAGCAAUGGGGAGGGCAGGAAGAGGACCUUGUCCGGGUGCAGCAACGACUCGGUGAGCGCAGGUCUCCCCCCGACCCCACGCAGGGUCUCCUGGAGGCAGAAGAUCUUCCUGAGGGUCGCUUCGCCUAUGAACAAGCCAUCUGCAUCCAUGCAACACUCAGAUCACUGUGAUGCCAGGGAGCUGCUGCCUCUCUCUCCCCGCAGCUCGGCCUCCGGUCUGGACCCCUUUGGGCGUCCGCUGCUGUUUACGGGCGACCCGCUGUCCGGGGAGCGGCCUAAGAAGACGGCCGCCGACUACCAGGGGCUGUGGAAGACCGCCAUCCACCAGCAGAUCCUGCUGCUGCGCAUGGAGAAAGAGAACCAGAGACUGGAGGCGAGCAGAGAUGAGCUGCACAUCCGCAAGAUGAAGCUGGACUACCAGGAAGUGGGCCAGUGCUCCAAAGAUGCACAGGCAUAUUGGGAGAGAAAACUGACAGCCCCUGGACGAACGACGGUCCUGCAAGACAAGGAGGAGGUGUACCGCGCUGUCUGCCAAGGUAUUCCAAAGAGCAGGCAUGGGGAGGUCUGGCUGCUCCUGUCCCACCAGCACCGGCUGCGUCACAGACUCCCCGAGCGCCACCACGCCCCGGACACACCUUACCAGGAUCUCCUGAAGCAGCUCACCGCACAGCAGCACGCCAUUCUGGUGGAUCUAGGCAGGACCUUCCCCACCCACCAGUACUUCUCAGCCCAGCUUGGUGCAGGGCAGCUCUCUCUCUACAACCUCCUGAAAGCCUACUCUCUGCUGGACACAGAGGUUGGGUACUGCCAGGGAAUCAGCUUUGUGGCUGGAGUCCUGCUGCUGCACAUGAGUGAAGAGCAGGCCUUCGACAUGUUGAAGUUCCUGAUGUACGACCUCAGCAUCAGGCGACAGUACAGACCCGACAUGGUCUCUUUGCAGGUUCAGAUGUACCAGCUCUCCAGACUGCUGCAUGACUACCACCGCGAGCUGUACAAUCACUUCGAGGAGCACGAGAUCUGCCCCAGUCUCUACGCCGCGCCGUGGUUCCUCACCCUCUUCGCCUCCCAGUUCCCCCUCGGCUUUGUGUCCCGCAUCUUUGAUUUUGUGUUUGCCCAGGGGACUGAGGCGAUCUUUAAAGUGGCCCUCUGUCUGCUGAGCAGCCAUGAGGGGGAGAUAGUGGAGUGCGACGGCUUCGAGAGCAUCGUGGACUAUCUGAAAACGACACUUCCCAACCUCACUCAGACGCAGAUGGAGCAGACCAUUGCAAAGGUAAUGGAGAUGGACAUCUCCAAGCAGCUUCAUGCCUACGAGGUGGAGUACCACGUCCUUCAGGAUGAGAUGAUCGAGGCCGGGCCGCUGCCCGAUGACUCUGACCGGCUCGAGAAACUUGAAAAGACGAACACUCAGCUGAAGAAACAGAACAUGGACCUUUUAGAAAAACUUCAGGCUGCGCGGCAGAAGAUCCAGACCCUCGAGACCAGCAUGGAGACCUUCCUUUCUCGGGAGAGCAAAAUGAAGCACAUGAUUCGCUCUCUGGAGCAGGAGAAGGCAGCCCACCAGAAGACCAUAGAACGCAUGCGCUCGUGCGUUCCCCCCGACACCCUGACAGAUGUGGAGAUGACCCAGAUCAAAACAGGACCCAACGGGAAAGCCAAAACUGCAGCCAAGAAGCCCUGAUGGCAACCAGGGGGCUGGCUGGCUGCUCUGGGCAGACGCUCAGAAAAAAGAAAGACUGAAGUGAACAAAUGGAGACUGCUUUAAGUGGAGUGCUGCUCGGCUCCACAGCUCUCGUUGUGCUGCUGCUGCUGCUGAACAACAGCGGCGGUGGCGUCUUGUAAAUGUGCGAUGGCUUGACCUGAGACGUGCAGCCUGUAUGGGAAAAUGUAUAGGUGAUGUUUGUCAGCAGAUAAUAAGAGUGGUGGGAGGAUGGCUUCAGUCACAUUAGCGAGCAGACUGUUCCAUCAGGGCUGCUGCUCCCUCUCAUCUUUUUCACUGCCAGUUUGGAGGUGAGAUGCACCACAUCCCUCCCUGCUCACAUCUCCUGGUAAUCACAGGGACAUUUUCUAAGUGAUUGACAUAAGUGAGCAGUGUGUCUGCCUCUGCAAACCCCUUUUUUCACUACUGCCUUCACGUAUUUACUACCAGUAGCAACACAGAGCAGGGAACAGAAGGUGCCUGCUGUCAACAAUUUGGACCUCAGGUUCAACGUAUAGCCAUUACCAGUGUGCGCGAUCCAGAACCCGGUGUUUUUUCUUGUGUGUGUGUGUUUGAGAUGGAAACUCUGCCUCAGGCUAAUCACAUGGCUGUGUCAUAACCUUUUUAUUCACUUGAAAUGUUUGCGAAAGUAAUUUUCUCUCCAAAGAUCAUUGUAAAAUCUAUUUCUAUUCUGCUCUUCUCCACAGAGGCACCUGUUUUUCAAACCAUUUUUUAGACUUCAGCCGCAGUAUAUCACUGCUCAUCUCUCAGCCCCGCCCAGCUGCUGUCACUUGAGAGUCGCGUCUUUAUUACUUGCACUGCUUUUUUAAGGAGGAAGUGUCUCUUCCAAAGCUCAGGCAGGAUGUGAUGUUGCAUGCCUUCUCAGUUUCCUGUGUGACUGACCGCGGUGUCGCCUCAUUGCAGCACCGCUGAGGCAAGAGUUCACACUCUCCCAGGAGGCACCGAAAAACAGACAAAGGUGGAGGGGCCGUCUGAAUGUAGCGUACAUCACAUGCUCCAGUUCUGAACAAAAAUCUUUAUGACUUUUUGUUUCUGCCGGCACGAGAUUUGUCAGAAGGUCUCCUGCAGAAUGUGGGACGACGAGCAGCUACAGUUGCCUGGUUCGAGAUUUUAACACACAACAUAUCAGCAGUUGCAUUGAUUUCUGUCACAUGUACAAAAACUUGCAGUAAAACUCAAGGGUUUUAGUUGAGAAGCAAGACUGCAAAGCAAAUAAGAACCUAGAAGAGAUUUCAGUUUCCUCUGAUACAUUUCAGAAACUCUGCGCUGUGCAGAAACACACACACACACACACACAACACGAGCAGUGAACUGGCUGAGUGUAGGAGCAGACAGUUUAUAUUAAUUCAAAGAGUGUCCCUGGCUCUCUCCUCACUUUUGUUUUAUCCCACCCCUGUGUCUGAUUCACCAUUGCCAGGGUUUGAUUGAAAGCAAUACAGGCCCAUGCUUUCAUAAAACCCCCGAACAUUAAAACCAAGGUGAUGUCUGUCAAGAUUUUUUUUUUUUUUACUUUAUCAAAAAUGUCUGUCAGACGUCAUGUCCUUGGUGACGAGUUGUGGUGACACAUUCAUGUCUAAAACUUUUAUCCUCCGACUCCUGCCGUGCAAGGCAACUUGUUUGUGUUCAGCAGUCCUUGCGUGUUUUUUUUCAUAUAUACCCACAGCACUCGCCGACUCUCUGCAAAGAUGGGCGAGCUAAUUGACUCAAAAGUUUGAUGGGCUGAUAAAUGCAGCCUGACGUUCCUCCGUCAGCAGGAAAUGCUCUUGUGGUUAUCGAGGUGAUGAUGUAAAAAGUUGGCUCCAAACUUCUCAUGAAUAAUAGAGAAACGGUGGCCUCAGAACAGCAGGGAUCCUCUCAACGCUCCAGGAAGUGAAACAUGUCAAAAGACUCGUCUUUAAAUCAGUUGAAGGAUCCGUGGGAGCCUCGACCGCUGACAGCUUUCCGACCUUCCUUCUGCUUACUAAGAGUAUUUGUCCAUAACAGAAAUUAACCAUUGAACCAAAGAUGUGGUUGUUCUUUUGCGAAAAUGAAAGGAUGAUUGAGAAAUGAAUGAUCUCCCCCAAAAAUGCCGUGAUGUGUUGUACGUUUAAUGCGAAAACCUUUUUUGUCACUACACCUGUUCAGCCGUCUUUAGGUUUAAGACAAAAGCUUGAAAGAAAAUACCAAAUAUUGGUAGUAAAAACUUGACACUAAAAAAAGAAUUGUUAUUGUAUACUCAUUAUUACAUGAAUUGUUUUUCUUCUUCAGCUUAUUCUGUAGUGCCAUAACUGAAUGUUGGCCUUUAUUCUCCAUUAACCGAGAUUGGAGGCCUUUUUAUCGAUAUCCAAUGUAAAGCACUUGGUUGUAGUCAGUGAAGGGUCUUUAUUUUAGAUCAGGUCCUCUGAGUCCUGACUACUAAAUAGUGCCUAUAUCACUGUUUUCAGACAGUCAACAUGAGGGCUGCACACAGGAACUGUCAUGAAUUCUUCAAUAAACCUCACCUUGCCUUGUU